UGAUUCUUGUGGUUUUAUGUUUUUAUUAAUUUUAUUUUCAGUUGGUUUACAUUUAGCAAUUUAAUUAGGUAAUAGAUUAUGCAGAAAAAGAAGUCAUAGCUCUGCAGCAGGGACACAAAUGUGGAAUUUUAUAGCAGAAGAGGAAAUGGAGAAGAAAGCUUUGAUUUAUUGCUUAAUGUACUUACAGCUGAGAAACUUUAGGGGGUUUUGGAUGCAUGUUAAGUGUUGAAAAUAUGUCUGAUGCCCCACUCACCCGUGUGACACACUGCCAUCAGCCCAUCCCAUUGUCCCGUGUGGCGCUUGUGCUGCUGCAGUGCCGGUGAGCUCUGUGUGCUGUGCAGACCCCUCCGUGCUGAACCAGGUGCUCUCAGCCUGGAGCUCUGCCGAAGCUUUUGCAGGAACAGGUGGGUUGGAAACAGGUAUAUUUUGGUAGGAGAGUUUUUUGUGAGCAACACAUGAAUUUUAGUGAGUUGCAUUCCAAGUGGGCCCCUGUCAAGUUCACCAGAAGUGAGAAAGCUGAACCAGAGAGGCCCAGGUGAGGCUGUGUUGGGUGUGGGUGGAUAUUACUGUUGGUUUAGCAGGAAAUGUGAGCCCUACAAAAGCAAGGGGCUUUAAAAAUGGUUACCUUUAAGUAUUUUGAGCUACAAUUAAAUAAGAGUGGAAGUCCAAGGACCAUAUUAUAGUAGAAGCUUUUAUUUUUAGUAUAACUGCCUAUCGUUGAGAAAAAAAAAAUGAGAGGAAUGUUGGUGGUUGCUCUUGCUGCUCCCUGCUGCUGUCUCACCUUCUUGUGUUACUGGGAUAUGAGAACAUGUGGCAUUUGGAAUGCAGAAUGGGCAGCAAAAUGUAGGGGCUGAUUUCAGCCUUUGUAUGUUAACAGCUAUCAUGGGAGAGAAUUAAUCUCCAUUUUGGAUUGUCUUAGUUUACUGGGAUGGAGGAAUAUCUGACUGACGUGAUGACAAUUUUCCCAAUUACUUUUUUCACCAGAAAUGUUGUAGCCUAAGUUUUGUCCACCUUUUGGACAGGAAGCAAAGGGCUUGCCAGCCACCCCAAUCCAUGUCUCUCAGCAUUAGCAAACCAGAGGAUAGAGCUAGGGACUGUGUACAGCAUGGAGUGUUCCUGUAGCCUGGCCAGGAUUGUGCCAACUGAAGGCUGAGGGAGACCUGGACAACACCCUACAGGUAAAGGGGAGUUGGUGAGUUACCAAGGAGUUAUUUGGGGGUGGGAAUGGGCUAGAAUUGCUUGACAAACUUGUCAACAGGUGAGUGUGGAAAGAUGUAUUGGCUAUUAACAUUUCUGGGAUAUUUGUGUGGAAAUGCUUCUUGGCAUAUCUCAGGUAAGAAUUGAUCCCAUUCCCUAGAGAACAGGGACCUUCCCUGUUGUUUGUUGAUAGUCGUGGUGGGGCCAGGGCUGCCCCAGAUGCAGUCCUGCAGGAUGAUCAUGCUUCUGUGUUCUCUUUGCUGGUGCUCAGCCCCUGUCCCUGAGUUACUCACAGCAUCAAACCACCUCCCAUACAGAGAGGCUGGCAAGUCUGCACCUGUCCUCAGGCAACCACUGACCUGAGCAGAGAGGGACAAUGUUUGCUGGAGUCUGGGAAGGGUGAGGGCCACCUUCCCCACUGUAAUUCCCUCUCCCUGAUCUGCCAUUCAUGCAGGAACAGAAGAUCUUUGAGGCUCAGCUCUCAGUGCUGCCAUUUCAGGACCUUGCUCUCCUAUCUCUUGCCCAUCCCCUGCUCAGGGGAGCUGUCGUGCUGCCUCACUGCCAUGUUCCAUGCCCAGUGUUGAACCUGGGGACCUUCUGUAAGCAAUACAUUGCUCUUUCUCCAUCUGCCCAUUAAGGAGGCUAUAGCAGGGGCUUUCUGGUGCUUCUCAGUCUUCUUGGCUGUUGGGAAAGUUGAUGUCUGUAUACAGUUUCCUCGCUUUGUGCCCUGUGGUUGUGAUUCCAGCCUUUGGUCACUUUUUAAGCUAAUCAGAAACUGAAUUAUUUCAUGCUUUCAAAAUCCAAGAUGAUCCUUCUGUGAUGGACGGAUGGGAAAUAAACCCGAGGGAGUCCAAGUCCCAAUACUAAUCCUGAAAAGGUAAGACCAGCCCCAUUUCCAUCAAGAUAAGAGAUUGUGAGUAUAACAGAAAGUGCCACAGAUGUUUGGACUUAAUUUAUUACUUGUUGAUUGCCCUGUGAUUUCUUCUUAGGUUUAUGCAGGUGGUGAAUGUUACAUCCCAUCCAUCUUCCCACAUUCCCCAGAGUGGCAGGUUCCAGCUCAGUGCCUGAGCCUGGCUCUGGCAAACCUGACUCCUCUGCACGGCUUUCAAGGGCUUUGCUGCUUUGAGGUAGAUGCUGAUGCAUGUAGUGGUGCUUUGCUGAAUAAGGCACCCCCAUGGUUUUCCAGAUGUCUCUGUUUUCCCUCCACCUCAUGAUUAUUCUGCUGGAGAGAACAAUCAGUUUCUGCUCCCUCAGGUUUUGCACCAUCACUCUGACUUAGCUAAUCUACAAGCUUAGCCUUUUCGAGAUAGCUUAUGUGCUGGAAGGGUUUUUGGGGUGUCACUAAACUCAUGCCUUUUGUUUGGUAUGACCUGUUCAAAGCUGGUGUCACUGUGCACUCCCUUUACAACAGGGAGUAGUGCACAGUGUGCAGCAGAGCCAGGUAUGUUCAUCUGAGCUGAAUUCAUUCUGAGCAAAAACUGACAAAUCUCUAAGUCAGUGGAGCUCUGCUCUUUAUACACAAAGCAAGCACAAAUUAAGUUUAUGGUAAUUCCAUCUGCCUUUUCCUACCUUGAGAUUAAUCUCUGGCAUUAAAGAUCCUCCAGGUAGAUGAGAUGCAUCCAAAGGGUGACUCAUUGGUUUGAGUCAAAUACGGCUGAAGCUUUUGUUGCUGCAGGAGAUAAGAGGAAAAAGUGUUUCCUGUGAGAGUUUGUAACAAUCUUUCUGAUAUGGAUGCAGCAGAGGCAGGCAGUCUCCAGGUCUGUGUCCCACAGUUAGUGUGACUCUGUGGUUCUGAAACAUUCACACAUGCUGCAAUUCCACCACAGCAGCUCCUAAAGCUGCACCUCCUCCAAGGACCAAGGGCUGAGUGAUGUGGUCUGGAUUUACAGGGGAGUUGCAGAGAAAUUUAGAAGUAUUUGCUGUAAACUUCUGCUCCGUGUUACCUGUCCAGUAGGGAAAAAAUUAGUUUAAAGUUCUGCUCAGGGUUAACCUGAUAAAAACUACACUGAGCUCAGCUCCUGAGGGAACUGGCACUGCUGAAAUGUGCCUUGAUGUCCUCCACUGUCAGAAAGCUGGUGUCAGUGGAUCCUGUUUCCUCAAGCUGUCUCUUGUUAGGUUUUUUCCUAGUCUAGACAACAAAAUUAAUCCUUUUAAGUAUUUUCACCAUUACCCCAGAGUAUGCUGGUCAUAGUCAGGGUACUUACUUGCCUAUGGGUUACAUUUCUACUCCUCUGCCUUUUCUUGGAUUUCCCUGCUGAAUGCAGAUUCUGCAUCUCAAUCUGAUUUUUUAUUAUGUUUUCCAGACCCUCGGGCUGGAGUAGACCUGCUAAAUUUGUUCACCACCGUUUCCUACUAAUACUACAUUUGUCUAUUACUGCUUGGACCUUGUUCCUUGAAGGAGGAAGAAAUUGUUUUCAGAAAAAAUUAAUUCAAUUAACUUUUUUUUGCUUUGUUACUGUCCCAAUCCUUGUCAUCCCAGCCUCUCAAAGAAGCAAAAUGUUUUCCUUCCAGCCUGGAAGAAGUAAGGGGAUAUUGUUAAUUCCAGUUCUGUGUCCCUGGGGAUGGGACAGCACUCAAAUACUGCCUCUGUUCAUGUUCCUGUACCAGUAUUUUUGUCUUCUUUCUCUCUGGGUUUGAAGUUGGAAGGAUGGAGAUGGUGUCUGGAAAAGAUGGGAGAUGACCUCUGUGUUCCCACUGGGAAAGGUUACCGGCAGAUAGCUGAAUAACCAUCUGUUUUCUUUUCCCAGGCUUCCUUUGCUGUGGUGCUAAGAAACUGAGUCUGCUCUGCAUGGUGGGUUUGCAGUGCUGAGCCCCUGCAUCAUUCCUGUGUCCUGUGUCACUCAGGGCGGUAGGUUCCCUCUUCCACAGGGAUGGAAACGGGUCAAUUAAAGCCUUUUGGAAUAUAACACUUCGGCAGUCUUUAAAAGAAGCUGUGUAAUGCACUGCACUAUGCUCUGCUUAACUCGGUUUUGGGUUCAUUUGAUGCAUUUAAUAUCCAGAACAAACUGGGGGAUCGGCUGGAAGUGCGGGAAAGCCCUGCAGAAACAACUUGGUACCUCUUCCGUGUGAGUGGAGGGGCUGGAGGGAGGUGCUGCAGAGCUCCCCUCCCUGCCCGCAGCUCCCAGCGCCGCUGGCCCCGGUAUUGUUGCUGCAGCUGGUGUUGUGAAUCAGGCCGACGACAAGCGCUUCCUACAAUCCGGCUAUUUCACUACACCAGGGUUGCAUCAUACCACUCGCUUCGCUCUUCGCCCGCCUCUGGAGCCCUCCUGAGUCUUCCGGAGCAUCUCUGGCUGUGCUGUGUUUAACAGACCCCCCGCUUCGGAGACUGAUUGGUGCUGUUUUGGGCAAAUCAGCGGUUUUGAUGAAACAGUGAGGUUCUAAAAUAAAGCCACUUGUGCUGGGUGUGAGUCUGCUGAUGCAUCUGUUGUGAGAGGAAGCUGGUGUCCACUUUGUGGAGGUUGUUGUGUGAGGUGCUGGGGUGAUGCUCUUUCCUGUCCCCACCUCACCCUUGUCCCUGCUCUCCAGGCUCCGAGGUGCUCUCCAGUGCUGCAGGGGCUGAGCAUGGAUGCAGACCGGGCUGCCUGCCCUCAGCUGCGCGGGGCUUGGGUGUUCUGCCCUCACACAAACAAGGGGGCUGGAGCAAGUCCUCAAAAAUCAGGUCAAAAUUUUUGUGUGAAUGCAGAGACAGCCAGAGGCAGCAGGCAGGCAGGCCCAAUUUUCCAUUAACUUGCAAAGCCACACGGAGCUGAAAUUCCAAUGGGCUGCCCUCGAAUUUUAUUGCUGGCCUUGUUUGCUGUCUUUGCUGAUCUUAUCUGUAACUGCUUUUGUGGCACAUGUGACAGGGGCUGCGGGAGUGUAAGAGGCGCCCAUCCCUCCCCCUGUCCUCACCUGCUGUGGCUGUGGGGAUACAGCCCACACAAGCUUCAGCUCGUGUAUUGUGUGAUGGGAGCAAGGGUUUAAGUGGCUUAUUAACUCUGGGAUGGGACUGGAGGCAGUUCUGAGCCCUGGGUGCUCAGUGGUACCGUGUCCCUGGGUCUGGCGGGGAAGGGGGCUGUGGGACCAUGGGCGUCUCUGCUGCCUGGAACUGAGAUCUGCCAGCUCCCAGCCCUGGACAAGCACAGACAGACUUACACUGCUCUGUACACGCUUUCUUCUCCAGCAGCCUGGAAUCUGAGUCCCAGCAGGGGCAUCCCUCACAUCCCUUGAUGUCAUGCUCCCCGCUUCCCUCUGGUUUCACUGUGAGAUAAAGGCGCCAUUCCCCUCCCCACAUCCGGCCCAGCUCCAUGCCACAGGCAGCGCCUUGGAGACCAGCCAAGAUGAUUUACGAGAUCUGACGGGUCUGGGGCAGUAUCCCAGGGAAGGGCGAGGGUGCGUGGGAGUCUUACUCCCUUUUUCCAUAAUAAAUCCCUGUGAACUGAAUGUUCCUGGGUUGGGGCCGGAGGCAAAUUCAGCGCUGCACUCCUCUGGUGAUCUGUCCUUGGGACUUAAUCUCAAAUCUGUUAUCGCUGCCCCCAUCGAGCGCUGGGAGGCAGUGAUGCCCAUUAUGGUGGUUUUGGUAUCCCUUCCAGCUAUUUUUUUCCCCCUGACCAGCUCAGGGUGGUUCAAGCUGAUUCCUGUCCUCUAUUAGCAUCAGUGGUGGGUGUGUGCUGGUCACCUCGCUCCAGUUUUGCGGGGUAUAAAGCCGGCAAGCCCCUCUUCACCCUGUCCCCCACCUGGCAGGCUCCUGGGCAGGGGCAAUGGCCGAGCUGCCCAUCCCAGAUCUGCCCCCGGCCCGCUGCAGCGGCCGCUUCACCAUCAGCACCCUGCUGGGCGUGGAGGAGGGGGGCAGGGGUCCCUACACACCCACCGAGGGGUCCAGCUGCGACAGCGUCCAGCCCACCCACCUGUCCAGCAGCACCCUCUGCACCAGGACCUUCGGCUACAACACAGUGGAUGAGGUGCCAGCCUACGACCACUAUGCCAACAGCAAGGGGGUGGGCGACCCCAGGAAGGGCAGGCCCUCGCUGGCUGACCUGCACUCCAUCCUCAAGGUAACAGGGGGUUUGGCUGUACCCAUAGCAUCUCUGGCAUCCCCUGGUCAUGCUGCUGAGGCUGGGCUGGAGGAGGCAGAAGGGGAGCCAGGCAGAGACUCCGUGCCAGAACCUGUCCGUUUUGGAUGGGUGAAGGGUGUCAUGAUUCGCUGCAUGCUGAACAUUUGGGGAGUUAUCCUCUACUUGCGCUUGCCCUGGAUCACCGCCCAGGCAGGAAUCGCCCUGACAUGGCUUAUCAUCCUCAUGUCUGUGACAGUGACCACCAUAACCGGCUUGUCCAUCUCUGCCAUAUCCACCAAUGGCAAAGUGAAGUCAGGAGGCACCUACUUCCUCAUCUCACGGAGCCUCGGGCCGGAGCUGGGCGGCUCCAUCGGGCUGAUCUUUGCCUUUGCAAACGCGGUGGCUGUGGCCAUGCACACAGUGGGCUUUGCUGAAACUGUCCGGGACCUGCUGCAGGAGCACAAUUCCCUCAUCGUGGACCCCACCAAUGACAUCCGAAUUAUUGGGGUCAUCACUGUGACGGUGCUGCUGGGCAUCUCCCUGGCUGGCAUGGAAUGGGAGGCCAAGGCACAAAUACUGUUCUUCCUGGUCAUCUUGGUUUCCUUCAUUAACUAUCUUGUGGGGACAGUGAUCCCAGCCACCGCUGAGAAGCAAGCAAAGGGCUUCUUCAGCUACCGAGCUGAUAUUUUUGCUCAGAACUUUGUGCCCAACUGGCGUGGACCUGAGGGCUCCUUCUUUGGCUUGUUUUCCAUUUUCUUCCCAUCUGCAACUGGUAUCCUGGCUGGGGCCAACAUAUCAGGUGACCUGAAGGAUCCUGCUGUGGCCAUCCCCAAAGGCACCUUGAUGGCCAUCUUCUGGACCACUGUGUCCUACCUGGUGCUCUCUGCUACCAUUGGUGCCUGUGUGGUCCGAGAUGCCUCAGGCAGCCUGAACGACAGCGUGGCCGUGGGCUCGCCGGGCUGUGAGGGACUGGCCUGCAGCUUUGGCUGGAACUUCACCGCCUGCAGCCAACAGCAGAGCUGCCGGUACGGGCUCAGCAACUACUACCAGAGCAUGAGCAUGGUGUCUGGAUUUGGCCCCCUCAUUACAGCAGGGAUCUUUGGUGCUACCCUCUCCUCAGCAUUGGCCUGCCUUGUCUCAGCCCCCAAAGUCUUCCAGUGCCUCUGCAAGGACCAGCUCUAUCCUCUCAUCGGCUUCUUCGGGAAGGGCUAUGGGAGGAACAGCGAGCCCAUCCGUGGCUACAUGCUCACCUAUGUCAUUGCCAUUGGCUUUAUCCUCAUCGCUGAACUCAAUGCCAUUGCCCCCAUCAUCUCCAAUUUCUUCCUCUGCUCCUACGCCCUCAUCAACUUCAGCUGUUUCCACGCCUCCGUCACCAACUCCCCAGGCUGGAGACCCUCCUUUCGGUAUUACAGCAAGUGGGCUGCGCUCUUUGGAGCUGCUGUCUCAGUGGUGAUCAUGUUCCUGCUGACCUGGUGGGCAGCCCUCAUUGCCUUCGGGAUCGUCAUCUUCCUCCUGGGAUAUGUGCUCUACAAAAAGCCAGAUGUCAACUGGGGCUCCUCCAUGCAAGCCAGCUCCUACAACAUGGCCCUCAACUACUCAGUGGGGCUGAGUGAAGUGGAUGAGCACAUCAAGAACUACAGACCGCAGUGCCUGGUACUGACUGGCCCACCCAACUUCCGCCCGGCACUGGUGGAUUUUGUGGGGACCUUCACCAAGAACCUCAGCCUGAUGCUCUGUGGCAAUGUGCUGAUUGGACCACGGAAGCAGAAGAUGCCAGAGUCCCGGCUGAUGGCAGACGGCCACACUAAGUGGCUAAUGAAGAGGAAGAUCAAGGCUUUCUACACAGAUGUGGUCGCUGAGGAUUUGAGAAGUGGUGUCCAAAUGCUCAUCCAGGCUGCUGGCCUCGGGAAGAUGAGACCUAACAUCUUAGUGCUGGGCUACAAGAGGAACUGGAGGACGGCAUCUCCACAGAGCCUGGAGGACUACGUGGGCAUCCUGCACGACGCUUUUGAUUUCAAGUACGGCGUGUGCUUAAUGCGGAUGAAGGAAGGGCUGAAUGUUUCCCGCGUGCUGCAGGCACACGUUAACCCCACAUUUGAGGCAGCAGAGCACCCCAAGAAUGGCACUGGCAGCAAAGCAGCCCCAGGCACAGCAGCAGACCCCACUGCCUUGGCCAGUGAGCAGCAGGCGAGCACCGUCUUCCAGAGCAAGCAGGGCAAGAAGACCAUUGACAUUUACUGGCUCUUUGAUGAUGGAGGUCUCACGCUGCUCAUCCCCUACCUCCUGGGGCGCAAGAAGCGGUGGGGAAAGUGCAAAAUCCGGGUGUUUGUUGGCGGGCAGAUCAACAGGAUGGACGAGGAGAGGAAGGCGAUUGUCUCUCUGCUGAGCAAGUUUCGCCUUGGUUUCCAUGAGGUCCACAUCCUCCCCGACAUCAACCAGAAACCCCGGCCAGAGCACAUCAAGAGAUUUGAUGAACUCAUCGCUCCCUUCAGGCUGAACGAUGGCUUCAAAGAUGAGGCCACAGUGAAUGAAAUGAGACAGGGCUGUCCCUGGAAGAUUUCUGAUGAGGAGAUCGAUAAAAACAGAGCCAAGUCGCUCCGACAAGUGAGGCUGAAUGAGAUUUUGCUGGAUUACUCACGGGAUGCAGCACUCAUAGCCAUCACUCCGCCCAUCGGCAGGAAGGGCCGCUGCCCCAGCUCCCUCUACAUGGCCUGGCUCGAGACCCUCUCUCAGGACCUGAGACCCCCCAUCAUCCUCACGCGAGGAAACCAAGAGAAUGUGUUGACCUUUUACUGCCAAUAAAACCUCCUGCAUUCCUGA